GACAACGCGACGACCGCAGCAGCAAUAAUCAAAUCUUGCUUCGCAGUCUCCUUUGGGGUGUCGGAGCAGAGAAGCUUUCAAAGUUCGGAGCUUUAAUUUGAGAGUUUAGAAGAGGAUGUUCUACAGAGGUAAAUUUGCUGAUGGCGCUGAUGGGCGUGAAAUGGGUGCAAAACGUCAGCGGGUGAUUGAUCAGGGCCCUUCAUUCUUUGGAACAUCCCCAGGUUCAAGUUUCAUGUACAAUGCUCCUCCUCCUCCUUACACAUAUGUUAGCCAACCUCCACCUUUCCCUGUUGUCCGACUUCGUGGUCUUCCCUUUGAUUGCACAGAAGCAGAUGUCGCGGAGUUCUUCCGUGGAUUAGACAUAGUUGAUGUCCUUUUUGUCCAUAAAAGUGGAAAGUUCACUGGUGAAGCAUUUUGUGUGUUAGCAUAUCCUCUCCAGGUUGAUUUUGCCCUUCAAAAGAAUAGGCAAAAUAUUGGCAGGAGAUAUGUAGAAGUUUUCAGAAGCAAGAGGCAGGAAUAUUACAAGGCAAUUGCAAAUGAAGUAUCAGAAACUCGUAGUGGUUCUCCUCGCAGGAGUAUCCCAAGAGCUAAAUCAUAUGAUGAGGGGAAGGAGUCAGCUGAACAUACAGGAAUAUUGCGAUUAAGGGGGUUGCCGUUUUCAGCAGGCAAAGAUGAUAUAGUGGAGUUCUUUAAAGAUUUUGUGCUAGCAGAAGAGGCAAUUCAUAUAAUAAUGAAUUCAGAGGGUAGGCCAAGUGGAGAAGCAUAUGUGGAGUUUGCCAGUGCAGAAGAUUCAAAAGCUGCUAUGGCUAAGGAUAGGAUGACACUUGGGAGUCGUUAUAUUGAGUUGUUUCCUUCAUCCACUGAGGAGAUGGAUGAGGCCAUUGCAAGAGGACGGUGACCCUUCCUUACAAUAGGUUUGCUAUUUAUUUGCUAGUCUGUACUUGUCAUGAUUUCUAAUUUCAUCACAUUCUUAUGGAAUUUUGAUUUUCUAGUUUCUUUUUUUCUUUUUUGAGUUAAUAGUUAUACCCUUAGUGGUUGUUAGGGAGCCUUUUGUUAUGUGUUGUGAGUUAAGUAUAAGGAGCUAUGAAUGGUGGUCAGACUCUUUAAUUAUCUCUCUUGUCAAAUCUUUUAAGUGCUUGAUUAAUUACAGCUCAUGAACAAACUCUCGUUGCAAUUGUAUGGAUCUGAUAGAAAAAGGGUCUGUGUAUUACAUCAAUUUUUUUUUUUCCUUUUGCAUUGGAUGGUAAAAUAGGCAGCAGUUGGCUUUGAUUUGCUGAGUGUAGCUUUGCCACAUUGAUCUAAGUUAUGUACUAGUCCAAUUCUGUAAAAUAGACCAUAAUGAUUGUA